AGAGCUGACUCUCACUGGGCUCCAGCUAGAAAAGUAUGGGUUUAGAUUCAACCUGAAAUGAACAGAACGAAGUGACUCGGCUGGACUGCGGGCACCGAAGAAGCAUCUGAAAAGCUCACCUGAUGGGAGGAAAAGUGCCCCUCGGACGCGUCCAUCUCUGACCUGCAGCCGUUGCACCCCUGGAGCUACAUACCACCUCUCCACCACUGUAGUGACGGCAGGAAGAUGAUCCUCGGAGGGGACAAGCAGCACAGAAGGAUACAGCUCCAGGUCUGUGCAUAUAUAAACCCACAGACAUGAUUGGUCUCUCAGCUACCCCUAAGGUCUCCCUGGCAGAUGAACAAGUAAAGAUUCGUGUGUGGGGCCUCCCACCCCAGCAGCCUGCGACUAUAAGAGCCUGGUUAAAGGAUGAAAAAGGGGAGAUUUUCCAAUCACGAGCUUUCUACAUCAGCACGAUGGAAGGCGAAGUGGAUCUAGAAGAGGCAUUGGCCACUGGUGGAGAUUUUCAAGGUGUUUUACCAAUGGGCCUCCUCUGGUCUCUAAAGCCAACUACCCCCUUCUUCAGGCUGGUAAAGAGGGAUGUAAUGGGAAGCCCUUUCCUCAUUCACCUUGAGGUCUAUCCGUAUGUGGUGCUCCUUCCCUCUCAUAAAGAUAUUCCCUCUGCCACACAGAUCAUACAAAGGUGGUAUGUAACUCCCGGGGUGCAAAGGUAUCCUGUGCGAGAAGGAAGAAUCCGAGGAACCCUCUUCCUGCCCCCAGGUGAAGGUCCCUUCCCAGGAGUUAUUGACUUGUUUGGUGGCUUUGGAGGCCUAAUAGAGUUUCGAAGCAGCCUCUUGUCCAGUCGUGGUUUUGCCUGUCUUGCACUGGCUUAUUUUGCUUAUGAAGAUUUGCCUAAGCAACUGGAUAUACUGGAAUUGGAAUAUUUCGAAGAGGCAGCUCAGUUUCUGCUGAGCAACCCAAAAGUUGUGAACCACGGCAUUGGAGUAAUUGGUGUGUCUAAAGGAGGGGAGAUCGCUUUGGCAUUAGCUUGUUAUCUUCCAAUGGUUAAAGCUGCAGUGUGCAUCAAUGGAACCAAUGCCGUGUAUGGCUACACUCUGACAUACAGAGAUCUGUGGAUAAGGGGCAUUCCCUAUCAGGUCAGUAGGAUGGAAAUAACUGAUCUUGGUUUAAUGAGGGUGAGUUCAUUGAUGGAUGAAGCAAGGAAGCCUGAACACCAGGGCAGCAUCUUACCCAUAGAGAAGGCAAAAGGUCCAGUGUUAUUUCUGGUGGGUGAAGAGGAUCAGGCCUACAACAGCCUAACAUUUGCCAUGGAAGCAAUAGCCAGGGCAAGAAACCGAGGCAAAAAUGAUGUGCAUCUGUUAUCUUUCCCAGGGGCUGGGCAUCUCCUAGAGCCACCUGGGUCUCCUUUGUGCCACGUGUCCCAAAAAGGUCGAGGCUCUCCUCCUAAUUUGUGGGGAGGAGAACUUGUGGCUCACUGUACUGCCCAGGAGACCUCUUGGAUGGAAAUUCUUCGCUUUCUCUUUUCACAUGUAGGAGUCUCAAAGCAGAGUAAGUUGUAGCAACCGGAAGCAAUCCAGUUCUUCUGAUGGAUUCAUUAUCCCACAUUCUGAGACUGGUGGAAUACACCACCAUAACUUGUCUAGAGAUACACUGUAAUGAUUCACCAUUAUUUGCUGCACAAUGUUAGCAAACCUACAUGGAAUGAUCCAACUAAUGUGUGCCUCAUUUAGCCACCCAGGUUGUAGGUCAAAACAGGUUGAUCUAAUCAUUUGGCUCCAGGGACAAAAUAACAGUGGCCUAUACCAUCAAUGGCCUGAUGAGGUCCUUGCCCAACUGCAUUUUCAAACCAGCCCAAUAGAUAUCCCUGGGCAGAUAUGUGGUUGCUGGAUUCCCUUACACCAGUAACCAGGAAGACCCUGAGACUAAAUGGCUUUUAUGACAUCAUUCUGUUCGAACCCUGGAUGUUCAUCACAUUCUGUCAUUCAAACUGCUACCAGGUUGCUAGGAGAAGCAGAGGUAGCCAUGUAAUCUUGUGUAAAGAGAGCUAAGGACCAAAACGAUACAGCCCUCUGUACCUCCUGCCAUCACCAAAAACAUUUACAGACGGAAAGAAAUUAUAAUUCAUUUUUUAAUUAUAAA